AUGUUUGUUUUUAAAUCCCAGAUGAUCCUGAUGUAAACCAUUGACAUAGCCAGAAAAUCAUGAGGCUGUGAUUUUCCAAACUCAGCUUCAUAACCUACUCUGUAGUUGAGGGAACAUGAGCCAUUUGCAGAGCUUAUUGUUAGACACCCUCUUGGGAACCAAGCAUGUGGACAGUGCAGCCCUCAUCAAAAUCCAGGAGCGGAGCCUGUGUGUAGCAUCACCAGGUUUUAAUGUAAUGCCCAGUGAUGUCCGAACACUGGUGAAUGGAUUUGCCAAGAACCCUUUGCAAACCCGAAGAGAAGGAUUGUAUUUCAAGGAAAAGGAUUACAGAUGUGUCCGGGCAGAUGAAUAUUCUCUUUAUGCCAAAAAUGAGAACGCUGGUGUGGUUGUCGUGAAGACCCAUCUGUAUCUUCUGGUGGCAACUUAUACUGAGGGCAUGUAUCCUAGUGUCUGUGUGGAAGCCACAGAGAGCCUGGGAGACUACCUAAGAAAAAAAGGAAGUUAAGUCAUCAGAGGCCCAUGAAAGACACUUUUAUUGUUUUAGAAGAAAAUUGGGGAGCCUAAAGAAAAAAUAUUUUAUGGCUGAAAAAACACUAGAUAGAAGCCACUAAAAAAGAAGAAUGAAUUAAGGGAGCAAUUUUUAUUACUUCAAGAGAUCCUCUUCUUUCAUUGGAAUUACUUGAUCAACUGUUUUUUUUUUAAUGAGUGUUGGUCAUUGGCAUGGAAUGUGAGAGCACUGAUCAUUUCACAGAGCAUAUCUAUUGGGAGUCUCCUUUCUGCGAGGCUCUUAUACUCCUACACACCUUGCUAAGUAUGCCAAGAAUGCAAGGCUCUCACCACUCUUUAUCCAGGACAUUUCUCAGGGUUAGGUUGCAGCAAGCAACCUUGAAACACGAAGGGAUGUCUCCCAUCAGGACAAAGAGCAAGCUUGCUUACUGUUUGCUAUAAAAGCAGUGGAGUCCCUGAGCUCAGUGUCCCCCUCCUGAAAUACAACUCCCUGCAUGUGU